GAGAGAAUAAACAAACGAAAAGUUGCUCAUUUCAUUUGUCUCGCUUGGCGGUUUGUUGCUCCUCUCGCUCUGCCAGCGUCCGUCUGGCUGCGGUUGCUGCAAGUCGUGAUGAUGAGGUUGUGUCGCAGCGACAGCAACGAAGCCGCAAAGCGAAAGCCGCAAGUGAGAGGCAUACGGCAAAAUAAGGAAUUAGCAACAAAGCAGACAAACGAAGAUUGUCAAACGCUUUGCACUCACAGUGGAUUAAAGAGCAUUCGAACACAAAUGUACUCAAACACGUUCAUGUCUAUGUCAACUAAGCUAGUGUUUUUGUACUUUAACGCGAUCAACAAAAACAUUAUUCUAAUUCCACUGUGAUCUCCACUGUGAUGAGUUGCAAUAUCAUGUAUAAGCAUCAUCGAGCAGACACAUCAACAGCUUUGCUGCACACGCAACACGACUCCGGACGUUGCGUGUGCCAAGUGGGCAGCCUCUCUGACGGGUGUAAUCAAUAAAGUGGGCACACUUCACUCAGAAUACAGACUAGACAGAGACCUUUCAUAAACGGAGUGUGUGCUUUCAUUUUGCGGUUCCAGCGAGCUGUCAACUUAUUCGAUUUUCUUCACAAUGAGUAUGAGUGGCCUUUACUCAACUCUUAGGAAUGUUUCCACUCGUGUGUGUGUGUAUGUGUGUGUGUGUGUGUUUAUCAAAAGACAUUUACAACAAGCGCAACAGGCAGUAAACUGCCGAGAAAUUGUGUCAUAAAGAAAAUAAAGUAAGAAGUAAGAAUAGCAACAACAAGGGCAGCUGCGAACAAGACGAUACACGAACUUCUGCUGAUGAUGACUAAAAGUGUGUGUGUGGAAAUAAAAACAAACAAAUAAAUGGCGAGCCCAGUUAAAAACUGAACCGACCCAACGAACUCAGAUCAUUUACAAUACCAGUCACCAUCCACUAUGGAAACAUAUUCCACAUCGUUGCUGGUCUUAAACGAUGAUUGCUUGGACAAUAUAUUCCAGUAUCUUACAUUGGAGGAGUUAAUACUGCUUUUUGGAAAAGUUCAUCCCGUCAUCGAUGAUGCCAUCGAUCGGCAGCUGCACAGAUUUCGCCACUUUGAGUUUAGCAUGCGUUUUCCCCCUCAAUAUGACGCAAACCAGUUACUAGCACUUGGCCGGCACCUGCAGAGUAUCAACAUUAAUGUGGGCUAUUCCGUACGCUCGGACAGUGUGCUGGCCCUGCUGCAACCCCUGUGUGUGGGCGCAGAGGAGGGGGCACGUCUUAGGGCACUCAAAAUACAACAUGCCAACAUUACAAGCGACUAUAUAAAAGUGAUUUCGCUGGUGGCUCCCUUGCUACUCGAAUUGGAUCUCAGCCGUUGCGACGUGCAGGAACCAAGUCAGUUGACGCUGCUUUUACGGUCAGCAACGAAAUUAAAGACGCUGGCUCUUUCCAAUAGGGAUGCGGCUGGACUGGAGCCAUCGGUGCUUAGUCGAAUGCACCUCCUUAAAGUGAAUUGGUUGGUGGGAACAGAAUUGUUUGAUGUCGCAUCGGUCAACCAAAAGUAUCCAUUCUUAAGCAUUAUUGUAUACCAGAGCAAUCAUGUAGACGUUUACGGACCACCUGUUGCUAGAAACAUUGGAUAUUUUCACUAAUUUUUCGAUUAAGUGUAUUAAUUUUAAAAUAUUUAAUUAAAAAUAGUUACAUUUGUUGAAAAAUUGA